AUCCAAAUGAACAAGGUUCGCGAAGGAACAUUCUUGCCGCAGAUUCCAGGGAGCUUUCCAUCGGCCGCUUUGCUUGCUAUGAAGCCAACAAGUGGCGUUAAGAGAAACAAUGCUGUAGCUAAUGCUGAAGGCGGUAAUACAGCUCAUAAAAAAUCGGAUGUGAAUAGCAAAGAGUCCGUGGUAAUUAUGCCAUCGUACAACGAGAGCCUAAACUCUUGGCAAGCCACCUAUCCGCAUUUGUUGUGCACCACGAGGCAGAAGAUAGUCAUUGAUUUUACUCACUUACAUUGGUUUUGUAUGUUUGAGGAUACCGUAUUGCUGGACAGCCGUGCAGGCCAGAUCGGCAAAAGACCUGUGUUCUACUUCUACAUCCGUGCGACAACAUUCUCACCAUCCGGAGGUCUGUCUUAUGCGCGCUCCCUUUCGUUGCCGUUUACGAUCGCCACCAGACGGAAUCAGGAUUGCCAAGUUCAACGGAUGAUGAGCUCGUAUACUGCGACGUGCUUUUGGCUUUACGGCACCAGCACAUUGGACGGUCUAAUAUUGAACUGGAGCGAUAAUGGCAAGUGUAUCAAAUGGUCACAUUUCAAGCAACUCUAUCAGACGUACUUCACUGUGAACGCGGAGGUGAAACGAUCGCUGAGCGACAUCGACUUUCAACUGAUGAAAGAGAAGAUGGAGUGUGACGACUGUCGUGAGCACGCCACUGCUAGCGGAGAACGAUUCCGUCCUUAUAGAGUAAACGACGCACUAAUUUUCCUUUCUUCCACAAGAGAAUCCGUGCAUUUUGAAGCACUUUAUGGAAUUCCACAGCUGCUGAGAAAUAUGGCUAACAAAAAAGGUCGAGAGGAACCGUUGCUAACAUUCAAAAAUGUUCUGUGUCCUCAUUUGCGGUAUGAUUGUGACCAGAAUGUGCUUCGGUUUUCGAUUUGGAGAGGUAAUCUGGAAGUGCUGCAAAUUUUCCAAGAUGCUCGAACAAAUGUGAAGCAGCUGUGGGAUGACUUCAUUCUUCAUGGUUUGACAGAUAUCGAUGAUAUUAAUGAAAUGCUUUCGGCUCAACCAUCGUCUGUUAUGUUCCUUAGGAUAUCCUAUAUUGCCGGAGGGAGCAUCUGUAUUUCUACACGAGGGGAGCGCGGGAUCAUCCAUCUGGAGCCCAUAGAACUGAAAAAGCUGCAGGCAAAGAGUGUAUUCGAGUAUAUGGCUGACAUUGCCGACUUCACACCGUUGCGUGUUGCUGUGGUGACAUGUCGUGAGACGUCUCCAGAGACUGUCCUGCCCACAGUACCGAUGAACGACUAUAUCGGUUCCGCUAACCAUGUUCAGGUUCGUUUCCGUCAAACCUAA